AGCGGAAGUCGUCAAAUGACGUAGCGGGUUCUCGCUUUCGAGCGGGACAAGGUGUUUCAAAACCGAUCAAAUCUAUCGAAUUGCUGCACAGCACUUAUUUGAUCGAUCGACGAUGGCCUUCCAAACAGAAAAAAAUCUCGUACCGUGUCUGGCUUUGAAAAACGUUGACGCUCUGUUGCGAUGUCCAAUUUGUUUUGAUUUUCUCAACACUUCAAUGAUGACCAAAUGCUCUCACAAUUUUUGCUCCUUGUGCAUCAGGAAAUUCUUUUCCUAUAAGCUUCAGUGUCCAGUUUGCAAUGCGCAAGCAACAGAACAGGAUCUCCAAAACAACCGUUUACUGGAUGAAUUGGUUGUAAACUUUCAAGCUGCAAGACAGCAGUUGUCACAAACUUAUUUUGACUCUCCACCAAUAUCCCCAAAGAACUCUGCAUCAGUCAAAUGCAAAGCACCGAGCGACAAAGGCCAAAAGUGCAACAGCUCUCUUGUGAGUCACUUUUUCCAGAAGAGGCCCAGAAAGUCUGCCACAGAUGCCCCGACUGGACGUACGCGCAGUGCUAAGGACACUGACCCCCGCAAAGCCACUGUAAAGGAAGAGCCCAGUGAUGUGGAAGAGGCAUCCAUGCAGGAUGCCGGGCCCGUGGAGCAAGAUGAGACGGAAUUGCACAGCAUCAGCACGGAAGAAGAGAUGCCGCAUUCUUCCUCAUCACCGCCAACGGAUGUGAAGCCUGCAAUCAAAGUGGAGUGCCCCGUGUGCUCCGUGAGUGUGUCCCAGCCGUUCAUCAACAAACAUUUGGACAUGUGUCUCACAAGCGGCGAAAAGAAGGAAAGCUUAAGAAGCUCCCUUGGCAAGGCAAGGCGCCCGAUGGGGAAGUUGGUGUACAACCUGCUUAGCCUGCAGGAGUUGAAGCGGAGGCUCAAGGAAUGGAACCUUUCGUUGAAAGGCUCCCGCGAUCAGCUGAUCAAAAGGCACAAAGAAUUUGUGCAUAUUUAUAAUGCACAAUGUGACUCGCUCAACCCCAAAUCAGUUGAAGAAAUUGUCAAAGAGGUGGAAGCCACCGAGAAGAUCAAAAAUCAGCUACAUGACAAAGUCAAACCUGUUAUGGUUUUCUCAAAGAAUCACUCCGAGGAGGAAAUUGAUGAGGUUCACUCAACGUAUAGGAAGCAGCACAGCAACGACUUCUCUCGCCUGGUUGCCCAGGUUCGUGGUCGCCUAGAUACAACCAGGCAGACUCAGAUAAAAGAGGCGGCGGGAGGCGAGGAUGCAGAGCAAACACCCUCGGCAGCUCAAGGUGCAGAAUCAAAGACUUGUUUGGAUCUCAAAUCUGAAGGAGAGGAAGAAAAGGAGCCUUCCCCAAGAGGCAUUUUCUACUCCAACAGCCCCACUUACAGUGACGUGUCUGUCAGCAGCUCACUUUCGGACAUCUUUGCACCAGAAUCUUCCAUAAACGAGCUAAGUGGAGACUUGGAGAUUGGGCGUUGCCAUGUCACUUGUAUGGAAGGAAACGAGGAAUAAAAGAGGCUUUAUCUCUACAUUGCAGAUUGUCAUGGUUGGC